AUAUGCCGACCACUUCCGGUUUCGCUACAACAACAAAUCAACAAUCACAUACACAGCAUUAGGAACUAUCCCUGCUGAUGAUUACGAUUUUGGGAUUAUUACUUAUGUCCAGUUCGCAGCCAUGUACUGAUACUAAUUGUUUGGUUGUUGACAAAUAGACAAAUGGCUAAGGAAGGCAACUGUCUGUUCCGAAUUGGGUAUUUCUUGUACUCAAGGACAAGUGUGGGCAAGUUUUACCACAGACGGGACAUAGCUAAGGCAAGAGCAAAAUAUCCGGAUGGUGAGACACACAGUGUCAUACAGCCAAAGUCCUUCAAUGACCUGACGAUCACGCCUCUACCUAUCUUAUUGGACAAUUACGCCUAUAUUGUUACCUGUGGAAAGACUGGCACUUCCAUUGUGGUGGACCCUGGAGAUGCAGAACCUGUCAUAAAAUACUUGAAGGAACAAGAUAUAACACCUGCAGCUGUCCUUGUCACUCAUAAACACUGGGAUCAUGCUGGAGGAAAUGCAGAUUUUAAAAAAGAAUUUUCGGGAAUUAAAGUUUUCGGAGGGAAACAUGAUAAUGUGCCUGACGUCACAAACACAGUGGACCAAGGACACAGCCUGGAGUUUGGUAGUCUGAAAUUUUCUGUGCAAUUUACCCCAGGUCAUACUGUAGGCCAUGUUGUGUACAUUCUGGACGGGGGUCCGUAUGGGGCACCUGACUCUCUCUUCUCUGGGGACCAUCUCUUCCUGGGCGGAUGUGGUCGUAUGUUUGAGGGACCACCUUCCACCAUGCUCGGUUCUCUUGACGACAUUUGUCAACUCAGCGGGGAGACAUUGGUUUGGCCAGGUCAUGAAUAUGCAAAUGACAACAUGGAGUUUGCCUGCCACCUUGAACCAGACAACACUGCUGCUCAGGACAAAAAUGACUGGAUUAAACAACAAAGAGAAAAGCGACUGGUCACUUGCCCCUCCACUAUUGGGGAUGAGAAGAUGUACAACCCUUUCCUGAGGACCAGUAUUGAGUCUGUUCUCAAGUCUUUAGGCGUGACCUGGACUGGACCCUUCCAACCACCAACAGACAAUGUCAGGGCACAGGCACUAGCUGAAGUACGCAGACAGAAAGACACUCUCAAAUACAACUUAUGAAAAGCAUAUACUAAGUAACCAUGUAUACUCAGGAGUAACACUGUGUAGUUGUACCAUCGUUAUGGUGGUAUAUAGGUCCACAUCAUUUAUUUAAUAUAUAUCUGGUAUAUGUACUUUCAUUACGGUGAUUAGACAUUGCUUACAGUGAACAUGUGUUCACAGUAAGGCUGGGGCGAUACAGGUAGUAAUUGUAUUGAUAUAUAUAUCACGAUAUGGAAUGUUCAAUACAAUAUGUGUGAUAAUAUAUAAUUAUGCAUGUUUUCACAUGAAAAGUUUGAAAAAUAACCAACAAAGAAAUGAACAGAUGUUGGAACAUUAAAUAAUAUAGGUUAUAUGAAUUAAGAUAGUUUUUCAGCUCUGAGAAGUAAUUCAGUUAUCACACUAGUAACUUAUUAGUCAGGAUAAAAGCUAUUUGAAUUGUCUUGCCAAAUAUGUAAAAGCAAUUCAAUCCUUACUGUAGCAUGUACUUUUCCUGUAUAACGAUAUUAACGAUAAUUGUUUUCUAGUAUGAAUACAUGUAUCACACAGACGAGUAUCUAUACAUAUUGAUGUAUCAGUGUAUCGUCCCAGCUCUAAUAUUUCCAGUGUACUGGACUGUGUAUACAUAUGUGCUGCAAUAAUUGAUGUUUUGACGUUGCUUCAAUUUACAUGUGUUCUACUUAUACGAAAGGUUUUGAUAUUUUUGUGAACAAUUUUCCUGUACUUACAUUUGGUUUUUUUAUUUUGAUUUCUACAUGCAAAUAUAAAAAGAAAAUGAAA